AUGUCCUGCCCAACUAAAACUACCAAGAACACGUAUCAGGUUCAGAAAUCUUGGAAUCAGCGGAAGCGCGGCAUUAUGAAGAAAGCCGAUGAGAUUCGCGACAAAUUUGAAGCCAAAGUUGCCCUGUUCAUCGAGAAGGACGGCGUGCUCCACGCGUACCAGUCUCACAACAACUUCCCCGAAACGGUGCCAGGUCAUCUAAGGCCUGCAAAUAGGAUGUCUCCCAAUGAUUUCAUAACGGUCGCUGAUCAAUUGCGUCACUUCGAGACUGGCAUGAGCAAGCCCCCAACUCCUGCUUCAACCGUCGAUCUCAUGGACCACAUCAAACCAUUGCCGAUGCAUAUGCACGUUACUCAAACACGGCGCCUUUUCGACAUGGACUUCUAG